UCCCGUCCGCGUCCAGUUCCUUCCCCCGCUCCCCCCCAGUCUCUCACUCCCCACUCUCCUGUUCCGCGGCCCCGACCCAGCGCUCCCCUCCCCCUCUCGCCCCGCCUUGCCGCCGGCGACGAGCUCCAGCUCAGGUUGCCCUUUCCCACGGCCGGCGGAGGAGGACGCGGGCGGCAGAGGACAUGGAGCCCAUGAGCGUGGACAGCAGCGGCUGCGGCGGCCUGGACGCGCAGAUCGAGCAGCUCUUGCAGUGCCGCCCGCUCGCCGAGCAAGAGGUUAAAGCACUAUGCGAGAAGGCUAAGGAGAUAUUGAUGGAGGAAAGCAAUGUUCAGCCAGUGAAAAGCCCAGUGACAAUCUGUGGUGAUAUUCACGGACAAUUCCAUGAUUUUGUUGAGCUUUUCCGGAUUGGCGGGAAGUGUCCUGAUACUAAUUAUUUGUUUAUGGGGGAUUAUGUGGAUCGUGGAUACUACUCUGUUGAGACUGUUUCGCUCUUGGUAGCACUGAAGGUUCGCCACCCACAUCGGAUUACAAUCCUCCGCGGAAACCAUGAGAGUCGGCAGAUCACACAAGUAUAUGGAUUCUACGAUGAAUGCCUACGAAAGUACGGCAAUGCAAAUGUAUGGAAGAUAUUCACAGAUCUUUUUGAUUAUUUCCCAUUAACAGCCCUGGUGGAAUCUGAAAUUUUCUGCCUGCAUGGUGGUUUAUCUCCAUCGAUUGAGAAUCUUGAUAGUGUGCGUAGCUUGGAUCGUGUCCAAGAGGUUCCACAUGAGGGUCCUAUGUGUGAUCUUUUAUGGUCUGAUCCGGACGAUCGAUGUGGUUGGGGCAUUUCUCCUCGUGGUGCAGGCUACACUUUUGGGCAGGACAUAUCUGAGCAGUUCAAUCACACCAACAAUCUCAAACUUGUAGCCCGGGCUCAUCAGUUAGUCAUGGAGGGAUAUAACUGGGCUCAUGAACAAAAAGUUGUUACCAUAUUCAGUGCUCCAAACUAUUGUUACCGAUGUGGCAACAUGGCGUCCAUUUUGGAAGUUGAUGACUGCAAUGCUCACACCUUUAUCCAGGUGAUCACGAGUUCACUUCUUCAUUUUUACAUGAUACAUUCUCUUUGCUAUUUGGCCCAUGGCUGUGGCAUACUGGCAUCAUCCGGAUAGGCACGAAAUGCAGAUCAGUCAUAUAUGCACUGUAAAGUUACCGAAACUUUAUAUAGAAGUGUUAAUGCUGUACUUCCAUGACACUUUCUCUUUGCUAUUUGGCCCAUGGCUGUGACAUACUGCCAUCAUCCAGAUAGGCACAAAAUGCAGAUCAGUCUUAUAUGCACUGUAAAGCUACUGAAACUUCAAAUAGAAAUGUUAAUACUGUACUUAAAUCGUGUUUUAGAAGACAUUAUAUUGAAAUAGGUUCCUCAUUUUGUGCCCUCUGAUAUUUUUUUUGUCACGUGAUGCUUAUCAAGCUGGUUCCCCCCUUAUUGUUGCAGUUUGAGCCAGCCCCUCGGAGAGGUGAGCCAGACGUGACAAGGAGAACGCCUGAUUAUUUCCUUUGAG